AUCGAUAAGGAUAAAAAUGGAAUGUUGCUUUGAUAUAGACGGCUGUGAAGAUUUUGCUAUAACGCCAGUUCUAGUCACCCCUUGCUAUCCACAAAAAUGUGCUGAAGAUCCUCCGAUGUGUUAUCCUUGCUUGCCUGGCUGUGCGAAAGGCAAGCUCAUGUAUUGUUGUGAAAAACGAGCUCCUAGAGCUCCCGCGAGGACACCAAGAGAUGGUGACAGGGAUAGAAACCAAGAUUGCUCCCAUGCUCGAAACAUGCCGUCCAGGGAGCCUCCUCCUCAACGUGAUAAUAGCUGUUGCCAACCCACUUGCAAACCUGUAAGAACUAAAUAUGUUAUACCUUGUUAUCGGUACGAAGAUGGCCGAAUACGUAACCAGCCGACAGUAUUGAUGCGCCGCGCCUGUGAAGUGGCAGUCGGAGCUCGCUCUCGCCGCAAGCCUUUUGUUGAGUCUUCCUUCAGCUCAGAUCCUGAAAAAGAGAUACGUCGCUUUAUAAGUGAAGAUGAACGGGGAAAUUAUUGUUACCAUGUUGAAAUGAAAAAUGCAAAGGCUCCUGGCCAGUGUCCAAACCAUUUGUGCCCGAACCCGGGUCCUAGGCCGCAAUGCGUGUCAUGUCCUGAAUGCCAAUACACUGAUUGUGUUAAAGCUAGAGUAAUUCCAGCUAAUAAUAAUUCUUGUUGUUAUUAUUGUACGUAAAUCCUACGUCUGUUG